AUGGUUCAAGCUGAAUCUUCAUCAAGUGCAUCGCGCAAUGGUGCCAAACCUGUAACUGCAGGUGCCCCUGCCAACUAUGAACUUCCUUGGGUUGAAAAAUAUCGCCCCAUUUUCCUUGAUGACGUUGUUGGAAACACUGAGACGAUUGAACGUCUCAAAAUUAUCGCCAAAGAUGGCAAUAUGCCGCACGUUAUCAUCUCAGGCAUGCCGGGUAUUGGAAAGACAACGUCCGUUCUUUGCCUGGCCAGACAAUUGCUCGGAGACUCGUAUAAGGAGGCAGUGCUGGAGCUCAAUGCAAGUGACGAGAGAGGUAUCGAUGUGGUGCGCAACCGGAUCAAGGGUUUUGCCCAAAAGAAGGUCACUCUACCUCAAGGCCGACACAAGCUGGUAAUACUUGAUGAGGCUGAUAGUAUGACCCCUGGUGCCCAGCAGGCGCUCCGCCGUACCAUGGAAAUCUACUCGACAACUACUCGAUUCGCUUUUGCUUGCAAUCAAUCGAAUAAGAUCAUCGAACCCCUUCAGUCUCGAUGUGCUAUCCUCCGUUAUUCACGUUUAACCGAUGCGCAAGUUGUAAAAAGACUGAUGCAGAUUUGCGAAGCGGAGAAGGUCAAACACUCUGAGGAUGGAGUUGCUGCAUUGGUCUUCAGUGCGGAGGGUGAUAUGCGUCAAGCAAUCAACAAUCUCCAGAGUACAUGGUCUGGGUUUGGCUUCGUCAGUGGAGACAAUGUCUUCCGUGUUGUCGAUAGCCCACAUCCGAUUAAGGUCCAGGCAAUGUUGAAAGCCUGCUGGGAGGGCAAAGUCGACGCUGCUUUAGAGACCUUGAAUGAGCUUUGGACCCUGGGAUACUCCUCCCACGACAUUAUCAGCACAAUGUUCCGCGUCACCAAAACCAUUCCAACUCUCUCAGAGCACUCCAAGCUGGAAUUUAUCCGAGAAAUUGGCUUCACUCAUAUGCGCAUUUUGGAUGGAGUGCAGUCACUUCUCCAGCUAAGUGGAUGUGUUUCAAAGCUGUGCAAGGUAAACAUGAAGCCUGAACUCUUCCAACCUUCAAAGGCGUGA